UUGGGGCGCUGGGGCGGAGUCCUCCCCGUUCCUCGCGGCCCGUCGAGGCAGGUCGUUGCGGCGGACUCUCCCGGCCGCUCAUUCCUAAAAGCAGGCGAGCCUCGAGCAGCAAGCAGGAUGGACCAGGUGAAAUACGGCGUUCAGGAGAAGCUGGAGAUCGCGGGGAUGGAGGAUGAGGACGGGAACCCCAUCAGCGCCCUCAGCAUCCUGUCGCUGCUGGAGCGCGUGGCCGGCAUCAUCGACAACGUGCAGGCGGGCCAGCGCCGCAUGGAGGAGCGGCAGCUGGAGCUGGACGACAGCAUCAGGAGCGUCCAGGGGGACGUCCUGAAGCUGGCCAAGGACCACGCCGACGCCAGCGCCUGCGUGGACAAACUCCUGCAGAAGACGCGCAAGGUCAGCGCCAACGUCAAGGAAGUGCGAGCGCGCGUGGACAAGCAGAACGUGCGCGUCAAGAAGGUGGAGAGCGCCCAGGACCAGCUGCUUACCAGGAACAAGUUCAGAGUGGUCAUCUACCAGGGGGACGCUGAGGUUCCGUCAGUAGCGAUCACCAAGGGCCCAAAGGCGGUGGGCCUGGAGGCUCUGGAGCUGGAGGCCGACGCCUACGACGUUCCGGCCGACCUCUCCUCGGACGAGGAGUACCUGAGCAUGGAAGAGGCGGACCCCUCGCGAGCGGCCCGCUUUAAGAAGUCCAUGGUGAAGAGCUCAGAGACCCUCAAGGCCGCCUUCUCCAAGGAGAACAUGAGCAAGACCAAAGACAACCUGGGCACCAAGUUCCACCACCUGGGAGAGAAGGUCAUGCCACCCGAGCGGCGCGAGAAGAUGCACCAGGCGGGAGAACGCCUCAAGCAGAGCGGAGAACGCCUCAAGGAGAACAUCGCCAAGAAGGCCCCCGCUAAGGACACCUUCCGCAUCAAGACCAAGAAGGAGCGCGCCGUCGCCGAGGGCCAGGAGGUGGCCCAAGAGGAGGCCCAGGAAGUUGCCGAGGAGGGUACCCAGGAGGAUGCCCAGGCCCAGGGAGUGGCCUACAGCGAAGUGGUCUCCGACACCAAGAAAGCGGUGCCGGUGAAGGAGGGCGCAGUAGACCAGGAGUAAUCGACCAAAGAAGAUUGACGCCUGCUGGUGUCCUUGUCGUCAUGGGGACUAAACACAGCACCACUUUCUCACGCCACCUGCUGGCUACUUUUAGCAUUGCUGUGACAGGACAAUAUUCAUGAAAAAUAUUCUAAUUAAAAACAUUAAGACAGGGGGGGUGUGACCUCAUGAUUGACAGUUAGAGUGCAGCUUGCUUCGUGGCUGGGGCCCCAUUUGUGCCCGGAUGACGUCACACGGUAAGAUGACGAGAGUUUGGCUUUUUACACAAAGGGGGUGUCUAAACCUGUGUACUUAAACACUUAAGUCACUUUUAUACUCGCACUUGGUGUUUUAAGUCACAUUCGGAAGUAUGUUCAAACGCAGCAGUCAGUACCUGCACUGCAAAAAGUCAGUGUUCAAAAACAAGAAAAGAAAAAAAUACAAAAAUUAGGGGUAUUUUAUUUGAACUAAGCAAAAUUAUCUGCCAAUAGAACAAGAAAAUUUGGCUUGUCAAGACUUUCCAGAACAAGUAAAAUUAGCUAACCUCAAUGACCCCAAAAAUACCUUCAAAUAAGUAUAUUCUCACUAAUAACAACUGUGCUAGUAUAUGAGUACGUAUUUUCUAU